UUCCGUCGUCUUUCCGUACCGCACGUACUCACAUGCGGCAAAUACUCUACAAUUGAAACGCGCGCCCUCUGCCCGCUGUAAAUAUAAACAUCUACCGAGAGUAGACGAAAAUGGCGUCGACGAAAACUGUGUUGUUAUACCAGUUAAACUUUUUAAGUUUACUUACAAUGAUAGCUCAAAUCAAAAAGCCACAAAAGCGAAGAUUUUGGGUGCGAAAAAUAUUUCGAUAUCGUUCGAAAUUAGGAGUUUCGAACACUUUGGUACCCGAGUUAAGAUUAAACGAUCCCGAAUACUUCAUGCAGUUUCUCCGAAUGCCCAUCGAGACAUUCGCAAAGUUAUUGCGUUUAAUUGAGCCCGAUAUAACCAAACAAAAUACCCGAUGGCGUGAUGCUAUAUCAGCUCACGAUCGACUAUGUUUAACAUUAAGGUUUCUUGCUACUGGAGAAACUUUUCGAAGUUUGAGUUACAGUUUUCGAGUGGGAAGAACAACAGUAACUAAAAUAGUGAGAGAGACCAGUUUUGCUAUUUGGAAUAGAUUGAAAGGAACAUAUAUGAAAGUUCCUCAGACAGAAGAGGAAUGGCAAAACAUUGCUGAGGGAUUUUUGGAACGUUGGCAACUGCCCAAUUGCUGUGGCAGUAUUGAUGGUAAACAUAUUGUUUUGCAGUGUCCUGCAAAUACUGGGUCUCUUAAUUAUAAUUAUAAAGGGAGAUUUAGUAAGAUAUUAAUGGCUGUUGCAGAUGCCCACUACAAAUUCAUUUUUGUAGAUUUUGGACAUUAUGGAAGCAAAAGUGAUGGAGGAGUUUUUCAGAAAUGCACAUUUGGCAAAAAAAUAAUAAAUCAGACGUUUAAUCUUCCCAAAGAUGCUAAUUUGCCAAAUUGUGAU